AUGAAAUCAAUCCUAUUCCUCACCGCUUUGGUGGCACUUGUCAGUGCUACCGUGGUUCCGGCUCCCCGUGGCCUCAAAGAAGACUUUGAAGACUUUCUUGCCCUGGCUCCGGUCGACGAGCUGACAAAGUUGGCACUGGAUCACUACUUGCACGAUAAGGAAGUUCAGGAUGUUUUCGCUUACCUGCAGGGUAAAGAAUUUUCAACCGUUUGGGAUCAGUUUUUCGCACUCAACGAAGUUAAGGAUCUACUAAACUACCUGGAGGAUGCCGGACUGCCAGUCUAUGACGCGCUGAAUUAUGUCGCCGACUUUUUGGGAUUGCACCACGUUAAGCCGAUGCAUAUUUUCAGAAGUGUGAAAACUGGCGGACUCAACGGAUUCCUCGAAGAAGCGCAUGCUUUGCUGCCCACGGACAAAUUAGAGGCAUUGUUCGAGGAAAAGCUACAGACCAGCCCAGAGUUCAAAGCUUUGUUCGAAAAACUGCAGCAUACUGAUUUCCAUGCGCUGGUGGACUUCUACAAUAACUCUAAGGAAGUUCAAUCUCUGUUCCAAAAGCUCCGCGAGCACGGCGUUGACGUUGACAAGUUUGUUGAGCUUGUAGCCGCAUUUUUCGGAUGGGGAAGAUUUUUGUGA